CGAGUGUGCGCGCAACGCUCGCGGCAACUGGGCUCGCAAUAAUUAGCAAAAAUAAAUAAUAAACAAAUAAACAAACAAAAACUCAAAUUAAAUUCCAACUUUUUUCUCGGGAAAAAACUCUAAUCAUUCUCUCGGAAAUCAAGUAAAGCAUCGCAGACAAUUUUAGAGUCAGAUAGCAGAAGCUCUUUAAAGGGUAAACAACUGGGAAUAUCCGCAACAAAAGUCUGUUGAAACCGAUUUCAACCGAAUUUUAACUAUCUUUCUAGUUAUUUGUGAUUGUCAGCUAUUUUUCUAGGGAACCAUAAAUUAUUUUCUUAUAUAUUAUAAUUAUAAAGUGGAAACUAACAAACGAAAGCUGAAAUUUGAAGCGAAAUGUAAAGAAAGUGCCCAGAAAGUGUUCUAUCAAAUUAAAUUCAACACUAAACUGAAUAAAUAUAUUCUAAAUUAUAAUGUUCUGUGAUGUAACUAAAUGAAUAUAAUAAUAAUAAAUUUACAACCUAAAUUAAAAGCCAUAUACAAUAAUGUUUGUGUGCCCUGCUGCUUCCUCAAUUAUCUAUUCCAACUUGAAACUGAAUUAGUGAAAUGAAACUUUUUCACCUGUCAAUCGAAUGGACAGUUUAGUAAUGUGGCAAGCAUUUAACAAGGCUUCUAGGCAAACUUAAUGGGCCACGCCCCCUGGCUCCUGAGCUCCAGACCCAACCCCCAACGCCCAUUAAGCAACUUCGAUGAGCAACAGUUGGCUGCAAUUUAAGUUACACUUUGUCCACCUGUCGGACCCAGUUCCUCUCUGUGCCCCAACUGCAACCCCCAAAAGAUAGCCGACGAAGCUGACUCGUCUCGUCGUCCUGCCGACGAGCUCCUGGCGCCCGCCUGCGCAGCGUGUGUAUAAAAGGAGGACUCCGUCCGGAGGAUUCAUCAGUUGGCCCAGCGGAGCGGCGCGCGUCUCUCAGAUCGGACGCCAGAAGGAAGCCAAGCCCGAGGAAUUUUUUAACUUUGUGCAGUGCCAUGGCCAAGUAAUAAAUAAAAGUGUUAACGGUUAUUUGUGGCAACUAAAAUUGUUGCUUUUAAAGUGGAAAGUUUCAUCCUAACAGUUUUUUUUAAAGAAAUUUUUGGUCACUCGUCGUUGUCGUCAUUGGCGACAGUUCCAGCAUGUGAAGAGAGCCGUGGGGAAAAUGCAAUUUCCACGACCACACACACGCUAAGCGGGGCAACGGGACAAGCGGAAAAGCAGAAAAGUGGAAGAGCGGAGAAGUGGACGAGCGGAAAAGCGAGCGAAGCAGCUUAGGUCGCCAACGGAUAACGGAGAGUCGCAGUGUUCCCUUCCUCGACAGCGGACCGCGUCCAAAGUUCGGCUGGCUACGCUCGUGCCGCGAUCGGCGUACACUGCCACGCCCCCCGGCACAACGCCCCCGCCCACGCCCAAGCCAAAGGCACGCCGCCUCAGCAUGGAUCGCAGCGGAAGCGCAAACAAUGGCUCCGAAUUUGGCGGCGGCGGCGGCGUCGUCUCCGCCAGUGCCGCUACCAUGGCAAGCCGGACGAACACUGCUCCUUGGAGUAAUGACAAGGAGUCGCCAAACAAUGAGGAUGACUCCAACGAAGACGACGGUGACAAUGCAUCGCCAGCCAAAGUCACCGAUCCGCUGGCCCCACGAUUGGCCAACAACGAGCGCAUUUUGGUGGUGUCUGUGACGGAGCGAACUCGCGAGACUUGGGGACAAAAGGCGGAAUUCCUGCUGGCCGUUAUUGGCUUUGCUGUUGACCUGGGCAAUGUGUGGCGAUUUCCGUAUAUUUGCUACCAAAAUGGAGGCGGCGCCUUUCUGGUGCCCUACUGCCUCUUUCUCAUCUUUGGCGGCCUGCCCCUCUUCUACAUGGAACUGGCCCUAGGUCAGUUCCAUCGCUGUGGCUGUCUCAGCAUCUGGAAGCGCAUCUGCCCGGCCCUAAAAGGUGUUGGCUAUGCGAUCUGCCUGAUCGACAUUUAUAUGGGCAUGUACUACAACACGAUUAUCGGCUGGGCGGUCUACUAUCUCUUCGCCUCGUUCACCUCUAAGCUGCCCUGGACGUCCUGCGAUAAUCCUUGGAACACCAACAACUGUAUGCCAGUGACCAGCGAUAAUUUCACCGAGUUGUCCACCUCACCGGCCAAGGAGUUCUUCGAGCGACGAGUCCUGGAGAGCUACAAGGGCAAUGGACUGGACUUUAUGGGUCCUGUGAAGCCCACGUUGGCACUCUGUGUCUUUGGAGUUUUUGUCUUGGUGUAUUUCUCCCUGUGGAAGGGUGUACGGAGUGCUGGUAAGGUGGUUUGGGUCACAGCACUAGCCCCCUACGUGGUGCUGAUCAUCCUCUUGGUGCGAGGAGUCUCUCUGCCCGGAGCGGACGAGGGUAUCAAGUAUUAUUUGACUCCGGAGUGGCACAAGCUAAAGAACUCCAAGGUGUGGAUAGACGCCGCCUCGCAGAUAUUCUUCUCUUUGGGUCCUGGCUUCGGGACACUGCUGGCCCUGUCCAGCUAUAAUAAGUUUAAUAACAAUUGCUACAGGGAUGCCCUAAUCACGAGCAGCAUUAACUGUUUGACCAGUUUUUUGGCCGGAUUCGUCAUCUUCUCCGUGCUGGGUUACAUGGCUUACGUCCAAAAGACUUCAAUUGACAAAGUGGGCUUAGAGGGGCCUGGUUUGGUAUUCAUCGUCUAUCCGGAGGCCAUAGCCACAAUGAGUGGCUCUGUGUUUUGGAGCAUCAUCUUCUUCCUGAUGCUGAUAACACUGGGCCUGGACAGCACCUUUGGCGGACUGGAGGCGAUGAUUACGGCGCUGUGUGAUGAGUAUCCACGUGUGAUUGGCCGGCGAAGGGAGCUGUUUGUCCUGCUGCUGCUGGCCUUCAUCUUCCUGUGUGCUUUGCCCACGAUGACCUACGGCGGCGUGGUGCUGGUCAACUUCCUGAAUGUCUAUGGACCCGGCUUGGCCAUUCUUUUUGUGGUCUUUGUCGAGGCCGCUGGAGUUUUUUGGUUCUACGGCGUAGAUCGCUUCAGCUCCGAUGUGGAGCAGAUGCUGGGCUCCAAGCCUGGCCUCUUCUGGCGCAUCUGCUGGACCUACAUUAGUCCCGUGUUCCUGCUGACCAUCUUCAUCUUCUCCAUAUUGGGCUACAAGGAGAUGCUUGGCGAGGAAUACUAUUACCCCGACUGGAGCUUCCAGGUGGGCUGGGCCGUCACCUGCUCCUCGGUGCUGUGCAUCCCCAUGUACAUCAUCUACAAGUUCUUCUUUGCCUCAAAGGGCGGCUGUCGGCAGCGGUUGCAGGAGUCUUUCAAGCCGGACGACAGCUGCGGAUCGGUGGUGCCCGGCCAGCAGGGCACCUCGGUGUGACAUG